CUAAUCGGCCACCUAGGCCGUCUAGAUUCGUCAAACGUUACUUUACUUUUUUAUUUUCUAAGCGUUAUACGUACUUUAGCUUAGCCAUGGAUAUAACGAAAUAAAGUUGUAAAUUAAGAUAAAACUAUAUAUGUUUCCAUAUAUACCUAAAUUUCAUCAUUAUUUAUAUUUAUAACAUAAUGAAGUUAAGUGAUUAGUCAUAUACUCCGUAUUACGUAUGAUUAACUGUGAUAAUUCUAUUAUUGAUGUUCGUUAAUGUAUAUUCAUAUAUGUAUUUACAAACAAAACUACAAUAUUACUUAUUAUAUUUAUGCAAAAAUAUAGAUAAAAAUGCAAUUUAUUUGUCUCUGACUAGUCCCCGACUAGGCGUCCGCCUAGCCGCCUAGGCGCUAGGCGCUGGGCUGACGCCUUUUAGAACAUUGGACUCACUCAGUGUCUCAAAAAAUCAGGUUCACUCACUCACCUAAAUUACUUAUCAAAGUGCAUUGAAAUUACUCUCUAUUGUCUAAAGGGAAAAAGGACGUAUAUACCCCUGCACUAUAGGGCUGGGAACAUAUAUACCCUUGUUAAAAAUUUUGGAACAAAAAGCUGAUAAAACUAAAAAUAGGGUACACAUCUACCCCUGCUCACGUUUUAAGGCAUUCCCGUCAGGCCCAAACUAACCUAACGUUAAUUUCUAUCCUUUAGUUCUUCCCGCCUUCUCCAUGUUCUUAGCGCAACUGCAAACCCUUGGUAGAGAAGAGGAAGAUGAAACAUGAGUAUCCUAAAUCACUGUACUGAGAAACAACAGAGGAUAGACUGAAAUACUAUUUUUAGUAUGGAUUGUGAACUCCUUGUUGGUGAAGGAGGAGACCUUAUUCCCUUAGAAUGGGAAGAAUUUGAUAACCUUCUAGACUUGGGCACUAGAGAAUCAGAAGAUAUAUAUACUAGGCCAAGAGGCUAAAGGUCAAAUUCCAGCAGCAGUAGGAAGAGAUGGUAAUGAUCAGAUGUACCCUAUUGCUUGGGCAGUGGUUGGGAAAGAAAACAAGGACAACUGGAAAUGGUUUAUAUUCUGGCUUGCUCAAGAACUUCAUUUAGGUGAUGGGUCCAAGAUCACCCUCAUAUCUGACAUGCAAAAGGGUCUAAUUGAUGCAGUCAAAAUUGUGUUACCUAUUGAUGAGCAUAGAUUCUGUGCAAGACAUAUUUUGGCCAAUUGGGGUAAGAGGUGGCAUGGGGAAGAACUGAAAAAAAGAUUUUGGAUUUGUGCUUGGUCAACAUUUGAAGAGGAAUUUAAGGAUAAUUUAUCCAAACUUGGUGAGGUAAAUAUGAUUAAUUUCUGGUUUUGUGUUGAAUUGAUAAUGUGCCCUGGAGUAAAUUGUAACUAUUUAAGUGAACUUUUAAGGUUUGCAAGAGUGCUGCUGAGGACUUGAUGAGGUAUAAUCCUCAAUAUUGGUGCAGGGCAUAUUUCAGUGCUAGGUGCAAGUCCUUUAUUGUUGAUAACAACCCAACUGAAAGCUUCAAUUCCUGGAUUAUAGAUGUUAGGCACAAACCUAUAGUUUCUAUGUUAGAAGAUAUUAGAGUGUUAUGUAUGACAAGAAUUAAGGACAAUAAAGAUGCUAUAAAAAAAUUGGUUCAAUGAUUGGUCCCCAAGCGCAAUGCAAAUGUUGGCCGAUAACAAAGAGGUGGGAAGUGGUUGCAGGGUUAUAUUUAAUGGAGAAGAAGGGUAUGAGAUAGGAGAGGGGGAUGAUAAGCACAUUCUCAAACUUGAUAGGCAGCAGUGCUCUUGCAAAUCUUGGGAAUUAAACGGCAUCCCUUGUCCGCAUGCCUGUUGUGCCAUGUUUCAUAGCAAGCUGGACCCCUUGAAUGUAUUAGAGAAGUUGUAUCACAAACAUACCUAUCUUAAAUCCUAUGAAUUCCCACUAUAACCAGUUCCAGGGAAAAAGUUCAUGCGAUGUGAAGAAUUCUUUCCAAUUCUCCCUCCAUCGUUUACUAAAUUGCCUAGAAGACCUCGGAAGAAAAGAAUGAGGGGGAAAAGUGAGCCACUAGGAACUUCUUCAACAAAAAUGACCACAAAAGGAAAAAAGCUAACUUGUAGUUUGUUUUCUGGUGCUGGUCAUAAUAAUAGGACUUGUCCAAAUAAAAAUCAGGUAUACCUCAUGUAUAUAUAUAUGUAUACAAGGGGCAUAUUAUAUAUCAACUAUUAAAUAAAGUGUUUCUAUUUUAGAGGAUCAAACCCGUCCACGUUCUUCUACAGCAGAUGUUGCUGCUCCUACACCUAUUUCAGUUCCUACUCGAUCAGUUAGACCUUUCAAUUCUUCAACUCAAACCACUGGAUUUGGAGUAUUUAUAGAUCUCAACACUGGAAUGCAAACAUUCAAUCCAGGUAUAUCAAGCAAAAUUGUCAUAUCACGAGGUACACCCCUAUUGCAGACAAUAGUAUGUGAUGAUCCUAAUGUGGUGACAAGGUUUCCACUCCCUAAUGAAAAGGCUUUGAGGAAGAAAAAAUCCAAACAACCAACUGGGGUGCAAUUAAGAGAAAUUCAGCUUUGCGGAAAUGGUGCCGAUGUUAGGGCACCUUCCCAAUUACCAUUUCAGGUUCCAGGAAUGCAAUUUAGGGGAAAACCUGUAGUAAUUAAAAAGCAUUUACAACAACAAAGAGACAAGAAAGCUGCACAGUUGAUGAAUACUCCUAAGAUCUAGAUUGAGUAGUUCAGAGUUGAAGUACUAUGUAAUCUUAUUUUGCAUACUGGAUCAAAACUCCUCUUGGCCAUUGUUUUUGCUAUGCUUUUUUUAUUAGGGUCCAAUUGCUAUGCCAUCAACUUAGUAUAUUGAAGUUAUUGAAGUUAUUGUAUUCUUAUUUUACAUACUGGAUGAAACAGAAAACUCAUUUUGGCCAUUGUUUAUGCUAUAGUUUUUUUUGUUAGGGUCCAGUUGUUAUGCCAUCAACUUAGUAUAUUGACAUUAUUGUAUUCAUUUGCUG